AUGGCGGAAUGUAAAGAGCCAUGCGAGAAUGAGAUCGACGCGGUUUUAGAGCCGUUGCACUCUGAUGCUUUAGACAGGGAGGAAGAACUACAACACGCUUUCGAAGAAGCGAUCGAAGAAGUAAGUUGACAUCGUCUUGACUGAAAUGUCGAACAUACUUAGUCAGUAUUUUGUGCAACAUAUUUCUGCACUCUUGCGGCCUUGCCAGGUCCAAAUGGGAUAUAUUUAUAUUUUGAUGCUUUUUCUAUGUAUUUUCAGAUGACGGAUGGCGAAUUUUGUUGCAAUUUUUGUGGGAAAAAGUGCAGAAGUAAUGCUG